AUGUCGUCGUCUCGCCAUGCCGUACAAUUCAAGGCUAACCUUGCCGUCGCUGCCGGUGUAAUGACAUGGGCAGCAGCUAUGUCACUCGAGCCCCUCAAAGAAGACUUCAUCAAACAAUUUCUGGACCGACUGGACAAGCCGGUGAUCUUUCACAGCCAGACCACGCUCUCAAUUGCCGCUCUACGUUACUUCACAAAGCCACUCUUCGCAGACACACACGCUGCAAUCUCGAAGGUCGCUGAUGCUGACCUGACUACCGCGAUGGGUUGGUUCGUUGCCCUUUGCGUCAAGAAAAUGCUGCAAACUGGCGCCAUCUCUUGCACCAGUAGCCAGCCAGGAAGCAUCGCCGAAGAGCCUGCCGCUGGUGGUACAAUGGUACCGUCAGUGAUGCCGCCAACUGCUCCGGUCCCCGAUGACAACUCACGUCCACUGAAGCGUCCUCGUAUCGACCAUACGAAUGAAGAGAAGCUCGGCACCACCACUGUUACUGUUUCACAUAGCCUCAGAGCUCCACACGUCCGCGUGUAUGUCACCGAGAAGGAGACCCGUAUGGUGGAUGCGAGUACUCAGUCGGCGCCUGCCUCCCAAGAUGAAGAAGACGACCCACUCAUUCUGUCGGAUGACUUAAGUGAUGACAAAACACAGCUACUUGAAGUAGUAAAUACGUUCGUCCAUGCGUACGCCCCGUAUGCCGCCGAGAACGAACCGGAGCAAGAAGUCUCGUCUCACCUGGGCUGCUUUCUGACGAAAUGGUGCCGCGACAUGGGCUUGGACGACGACUGGCAGGACAACAACUAUGAGCGACUGGUAAUGGUGAUCAAGGCCUUAUACACAGGAAGUCCGCGCGCGCUGGUGUGGUAA